AUAUAAAACGUAGAUAAACGUGGUUAUAUAGACAUACAGUAUAACAAGAUAAUAUUAUUUGUUAAUUUGAAAUUUUGCGUAUCGAUUCUACAAUGAAAUUUCUGACAAUUAUUUUCUUUAUUUUGUUUACUGUUGCACUUACCGUUGCCGACGAAGAACCCGAAGAACCCGAAGGAAUAUGUGCCGAAGCACGAAGAAAAUCUUCAGCAAACGAUGCAAAGGUGAAAAUUGUUUACGAAUGCGAAGACGACGACACUUUCGUGGGUCUUCAAUGUUACCAACAUUCGAAAUUCUGCGCGUGUUACAGUCGUGACGGUCAAGCAAUUUCUUCCGCUUCCACUAAACUAAGAAGAUGCGAAUGUCUGCGCGAAGCCGACAUUCAGAUGUCAAAAGAAGGUGAAACGUACGUACCAACCUGCGAGGAAGAUGGAUCUUAUUUUCCGAAACAAUGCGAUGAAGAUAAAUGUUGGUGCGUUAAUUCGCACGGAGAAAAAAUUAGCGAACCUACGACUGGCGAUAUAGAAUGUUAAAUGAAUAUUCUAAUUUACACGUUUAAUUUUAUGGAAGUUUCAAUAAAUAUAAUUUAAUUUGAUUU